CGCAGUCUCUCUCUUUCUAAAAGCCACAACUUAGAAAAAACCACUCGCUUUCGCGCUCCCCUUUUUAUCAGCCUAAGCGGGUGAGAUUCCGGCAAGAUUCCGGUGUGAUUUUCCGGCCAAUCCAUUCCGGAAUCCCCGCUUAGAUCCGAUUUCACUGCGUACGGACAUAAUCAGGCGAUUUCCCGGCGAUAAUGCAGUCUGAUUCCGUUAAGCUUGCCAAGAGUCUUUUGGAAAUCUCGCCCUUGGACCUGAUGUCGGCUCUGAUCAAUGGGAAGGAAAUUCCGGCGAUAUUACCGGAAAAUGGCCGGGAAAAUCCUCAGCUUCUGGUUAUUUUGACGACCUCAGUUGCGGUGUUGAUCGGCUGUGUGUUUUUCUUUGUUUGGAGAAGAUCGUUAGGGCAAAAGAGUGGUAAGGUGGUUGAGGUGAAUAAGCUUGUUGUUGUGAAGCCGGAGCAGGAAGCAGAGGUGGAUCCUGGAAAGGAGAAAGUCACGAUCUUUUUUGGGACUCAAACAGGAACUGCUGAGGGUUUCGCAAAGGCUCUUGCUGAAGAGGCAAAAGCUCGCUAUGACAAGGCCAUCUUUAAAGUAGUUGAUCUGGAUGAUUAUGCAGCUGAUGAUGAUGAGUAUGAAGAGAAACUCCGGAAAGAAAAAAUUGCAUUUUUUAUGCUUGCAACGUAUGGUGAUGGUGAGCCCACUGAUAAUGCUGCAAGAUUUUAUAAGUGGUUUAUUGAGGGAAACGACAGGGGAAUAUGGCUUCAAAAUGUUAAAUAUGGUGUCUUUGGUCUAGGUAACAGGCAGUAUGAGCAUUUCAACAAGGUAGCAAAGCAGGUUGAUGAGAAGCUCUUUGAACAAGGUGCAAACCGCCUUGUUCCUGUGGGUCUAGGAGAUGAUGAUCAAUGCAUUGAGGAUGACUUUACUGCAUGGCGAGAGAUUUUGUGGCCUGAGUUGGAUAAGUUGCUUCGAGGGGACGAUGAUGCUCCUGCUGUUUCUACCCCUUACACUGCUGCAGUACCUGAAUACAGAGUAAUAUUCCUCGACUCUGCUGAUGCAGUGCACGAGGAUAAAUAUUCAACUAUGGCCAAUGGUCACGCUGUUCAUGACAUUCAGCACCCAUGCAGAGCCAAUGUCGCUAUUCGAAGGGAGCUUCACACGCCUGCAUCUGAUCGUUCUUGCAUACAUUUGGAAUUAGACAUUUCAGGCACAGGUCUCAUGUAUGAAACAGGUGAUCAUGUUGGUGUAUUUGCGGAUAACGGCACUGAGAUUGCCGAGGAAGCAGAGAAGUUGUUAGGCUACUCACCAGAAACUUUCUUCUCAAUCCAUACUGACAAAGAAGAUGGGACGCCCCUUUCUGGAAGCUCUUUACCGCCUCCUUUCCCAUCUCCAAUAACCUUAAGAAAGGCACUUUCUCAUUAUGCUGACCUUUUGAAUCCUCCCAGAAAGGCUGCUCUGGUCGCUUUGGCUGCUCAUGCAUUUGAUCCUAGCGAAGCUGAAAGACUCAGAUUUUUGGCAUCUCCUAUUGGGAAGGAUGAAUAUUCACAGUGGGUUGUCGCAAACCAGAGAAGCUUAUUAGAAGUAAUGGCUGAGUUUCCAUCAGCCAAACCACCUCUUGGUGUUUUCUUUGCUGCCAUUGCUCCUCGACUGCAACCACGAUAUUAUUCCAUCUCAUCCUCGCCUAGGAUGGCUCCUACGAGAAUUCAUGUUACCUGCGCAUUGGUGGAAGGACCAACCCCCACUGGAAGGAUUCAUAGAGGUGUCUGUUCUUCUUGGAUGAAGAAUUCUGUGCCGUCGGAGGAGAGCCGUGACUGUAGUGCUGCUCCCAUUUUUGUGAGGACUUCAAACUUCAAACUUCCAGCAGAUUCUUCUAUUCCCAUCAUCAUGGUUGGACCUGGAACUGGGUUGGCACCUUUUAGGGGUUUCUUACAGGAAAGGUUGGCACUCAAAGAAGCUGGGGUGGAGCUUGGGCCUGCUAUCCUCUUCUUUGGAUGCAGAAAUCACAGAAUGGACUUCAUUUAUGAGGAUGAGCUAAACAAUUUUGUGGAACAAGGGGUCCUUUCGGAGCUCAUUAUUGCCUUCUCUCGUGAGGGCCCUACCAAGGAAUACGUUCAACACAAGAUGAUAGACAAGGCAUCAAGCCUUUGGGAAAUAAUUUCUCGAGGUGGUUAUCUUUAUGUUUGUGGAGAUGCCAAAGGCAUGGCCAGAGAUGUCCACAGGACACUGCACACCAUUGUUCAAGAGCAGGGUUCUAUGGAGAGCUCCCCGGCAGAGGCCAUGGUGAAGAAUCUGCAAACCGAAGGGAGAUAUCUCCGUGACGUAUGGUGAUUUUUUAUUCAUUGGGAAGUGCUUUACUAAAUUAUUGCCAUUUUCUGUUGCCUUGAAAUUAAACAGGCCAUCAUCUCAUAAAUCCUCUGGAAAAGAGAAGGUUUAAUGGGGUUUAAGCGAGCCCCUUGUUCACUGAUGCACAGAAGAUUGCCUCUCGUUUAAGGUCUGAUGCGUGAUUGUUUGUUCAUUUAAUGGUGGGAUUUUUGUUUUAUUGUAAUUAUAUAUGGUAUAUUUAUAUAUUAGGGAUACAGUUAGCUAGGAAAUAAAACUCUCUACUUGGAUGGAAGAUGAAAGUAUACAUACGAGUCAUUGACUGGUUUUGCAAGGUGGGAAUGCCCACCAAAAAGACUUUGUAGGAUUGUAAACAAAAUGCACAUGGAUUCUAUAUUUCUAAUUUUCUUGGUUAUUUUUUCAUUA